AGGUUUAUCUAGCCGGGCAAAUUACAACCCAGCAAUAGUCGUUAGGUUGAUAUCGACUGCGACGGUUAUCGUUGAAUUUUAUGUGAAGCUUUGUGCGCGGUUAAAUUAAAUAUGCCUGGCAGUUUAUUUCGUGAUGGAUUUAAGAAGGCGCGCAGCGAGCCAAUUAAAGUUUGUUCGCUGUUUGCAGUUAUUAUUUUGCUUUUUGUGCUGGUGACAGUUGUGAUUAUUGUUUGGACAAUGCCUGAUAUUGAACCUGUAGAUGGUAAUAGACAUAUUUGUUUGAGGGAUGGCGAUGCUAUUUCGUGCGAAGAAACGGUUCCUACACUGACGAAAAUAUUAGAAAAAAUGAACUUAAACUCUAAGAAGAGCACUGACAGCCAUGCUACAAACUGUUUUACCACUGUUCACAAUUAUUCAGGUAGUUUAACUGCGAUAGAAAAGAUAUGGACAGCGGGCGGUUUACUUGAUGGCAAGAUACUUGGAUUAUGAGAGAAUGUAUUCAUCGAAUCGUUGAACCCAAAAGACGAAACACAGUCGGUUUAAUACACAUACAGAUUUUGUCUUCAUCGCAAGAGAAUGUUUGUGGUUAGUGUUUGCUAGUAGGAUCUAUUAAAUGGAAGAUAGUACUUAAAGAUACUAAAAGCAAAGUGAUGAGGAUGUUAAUUUACUUGUAUAAGGUAUCUACUAAACCAUAUUAAUUAUAAGAAUGAAUGUGACACAUGAGGAAGUACGCAGCUGGUGCUUGAAACUGAGGGAAUUUUCGCGUGUUUUUUUUACUUCCUCAUAUAACUGCUGACUGCUUUAUAUAGACAUUACGACUGCUUCCUUUUUCUUAGAGAGGAAAACAACAAUAGUCAAUUAUGUUCGCGGCCAAGUGUACCUACUUGUUAGUGAAAUCUAGUAAACAACUGAAUUGUGGAAUAUCAUGGAAUAUUUAUUAUGUUUGUGUAUGUAGUUAAAGACGGACUGGUUGAAUAGGACUACAUUCAAAAUUGACACUAUGUAUUUCGUCAGUUUUAGGAUCAUGACAUUCAAAGUUCAGUUUUUUAAACCUGAUUUAGGGUGAACAAAAUUAUUAAAACAACGGAUAAAUUAAUCAAGCAUGCCUAUUUCACUUGGUCAUUAAAUCAGUGUUUAAAGUUACUCUCAGUCUGGAUAGCUGGAAGAAAAGAGAAAUGAAGCUUUGCAACAUCGCCUUAAAAAACGAUUUCAAUCUGAAAAAUAUGUCAACGGUAACUUUUUAAUUUUCCGGAAGACGAAACUAGAGAAGAGUUAACAUCAAGUGAUGUAGAUAUUCGUUACCGAAAUCGAAUCCGAACAAAAAUAUACAAUUUGAUGCAUGUCAUAACAAAAUCCUUUUAUUUGAAAUGUAAACCGUUUUCGAUUUUAAUAAUUUUUUUACCAAAUUUUCAGGAACUAGCCGACGUAUAUGCUAAGACGCUGAAACAGGACAAUAUAGACACCAAAAAAUACUUUGAUGACCAUGUUAAAAUAGAGUUGAAGAAUGAUUACUUAGCAUCAAUCCCUGACAUGAAACCCGCAGCAAAGCUCGUUGGUUUGAUUACUUAUAAACAAACAGGUUCGGUUACUAUGAAUUACACGCCAAAUAAAAUGGAAACGGUGGUAGCUUGGUUUAAUGGCAGAGAUUUGGACUAUACGACCGGGUUUAUGAGAUACGGCAUGAGAUACCAAAACGGUCGUCUUAUUGUGCCACUGACAGGCACGUAUAAUAUCUACUCUUUCUUGAGUCUGACGGAAAACAACGACACACCUGAGGACCGGGCUCAACAUGCAAAUGCGACGUUGGUUAAACAUGCAAUGUACAAGUACAAUGUCAAGCUUGGAGAAGAUGUGGAAAUUGCGUCUUCUAUUCAGACACACCGGCAGUCCGCAAAUCGUAACUUUAAUGCUUUCAGUUCACACAUUUCUACUUUGGUACAAUUAGAGGCUGGUGACGAAAUUUCUGUAAAAAUAAGUGACAUUUCACUAACGACAUACCCAGGUGACAACUUCUUUGGCAUUCACAUGGUGUGAUUAAGACGUCCACAUUGGAACUGCGUGCUCGUCGCGUGGAUGCUUUCACUAAAUGUUCCAAAGCAUAUUAAGCGAGUAUCUACUCCAGUAUGCACACGAAUUCGAAUUGCUUGAUCCAGACGACGGUACGGGUAUACAGUGUUUUUCUUGUCAUUCUUUGUUUCAUUUUGUCUUUAUAUAACUUGUUUACUGAAUGAUUUGCUAACUCAAGAUCUACAUUAAUACAACUUUAUACUAAAAUGCGUACGUCUUAUUUCAAUCGUAAGUUGGUUUUGGAAAUAUUUUUUGCAGUUACUCAUCACGAUCAUGGAGAUACAAAUUAUACUCCCAAACAAAUUACCAUGACAAUAUUGCAAAUCAUGAGAAAUGCCAGAUGUAAUUGUCCAAUCGAAUUACUUACAAUAAUUAAUUAAGGCGAAGCUCUCAUGUCACAUUUUAUAAUAAUAAAAUAAUAUUUGAUUUCGUAACUGGUGACAUCAUCGUGUCAUCGCUUCUAAAUUAUGUCAUCCGAUCUACUUUCACUGUCUCGGCUAAAUGCAUAGAUCAUCGGGUUUAUAUCGUUUAACUUUAUUAAUAUUACCCCUCUGGCGGCGUUUCUCGGUUGAAUUAAUUUUAAACAGUCACAUAAACAACUAAGCUAUGUAGUAUGGAUCUUUUACCCCCAACAUUGCUCCUUCUUUCUGCACGUUGAUGAUCUGAUAUAUUAAUUAUAUGAUGCUAUAUUCUUAAAUAUUUUUGUAAAAAGAAGGGAUGUAGUUGACAAUGGUUCAUAAUUUCAUUUAUUCGUUACUCAAAAAAGUGUAACUCUGUUGCUCUGGUCUCCUUCCUACAAUUGAACUUUGAGUAAUUAAAUGGUAAUUAAAUUGAAUGCGUUGAAUUGCCUUUUACUAUUGUUUAACUUGAGUUGUUAACUGUCUGCUAUGAUGUUAAUUUUUAUUUACACGUAUAUGUAUAAUGAAUAGUGAUGGGCCAAGUGUGAUGUUGAGCGCUCUCAAACCGGUUAAAACCCCCAAUGCUUUUUAUUGGCCGUUCCUAGGCGGUGACCCCAGCUUUAUUCUUCUAUGUGUGUAUGUUGUUUCUUAUUGUGCUGUUUCGUACUGAUUUGACAAUUGGUCACUUGCCAUAAAUAAAGGACCAUUAAGUUGUAUAUAAUAAGAAUGCAAUACUGCUCGAGCCGCUGGAGUUUCACUCCGUUAUAUUAAUACGUAGACACAUUCGAAAGUUCCUUCUUUUAUAUGAUUGUAAAAAGGCUUGCGCUUAGCUGUUUAUUAAGCAUUGACCAUAAGGUUUCCACGCGCAGAAUAACGACUUCACUUGCGUGAAUUUCCCAGACACCCU